AUGAACAAGAGAUACGAAAAGUAUAAAAAAGAUACAAUAGAGAAAAAAAAGAGCUCUGAAAUUGAAGAUGGUGGUCGUGCAUAUCAACAGAAGUAUGAGAUCCGAUCAAAUGCUAUUAAAAAACGAUACGAAAAUCUGAAAAAUCAGAAGGAAAAAUGUGCUAUUCAGAAGAUAUUCGAAGGAAGGUCUGUUAAAUGUUCUAGGCAAAAAACACAGAUCAUCCAAGAUGUCUUGCUGUGGGACAAGACUACAUACGAAAAAAACAGCCUCUGCUUAAGCAAACUGUUUUAA